UUCUUUCUUUCUAUUUCCUUUCACACUUCUUCUUCUUUUCCUUGUUUUUUUUUUGUUUUUUUAACCGAACAAAGUUUAAUUUAAUACAAUUCGAAGUCCUAUUGAUGUUGAAAUCGAAAGUACACACACUUUAUUGAACACUGAAAUAGAAUCUUUUUUUUUUUUUUUUUGAAUGGUCACUGAAAUAGAAUCUUCAUAAACUAUAUAUUCACAACUAUAUAUAUACACAAAAGGCUAUACAUAUUACAGCCAGGAAUUGACCAAACAUCUAACCUCGAACCACAACACACACUCUCUCUCUCUUACACAAAAGGCUAUACAGCCAGGAACCAAACAUCUAACCUACAACACAACACACACACACACACACUCUCUCUCUCUAGUUUUAGUUUGCGUUAAGCCCAUGGAAGGAGGUCAUGGAUACAAAAAAGGGCUGUGGUCAGAAGAAGAAGAUAGAAUUCUCAUGGAGUACGUAAGAGUGCAUGGAAAAGGAAAGUGGAAUUCUGUUGCCAAAAUGACAGGUUUGAAGAGGGGUGGGAAGAGUUGCAGGUUAAGGUGGAUGAAUUAUCUAAGUCCUACUGUAAACCGCGGGGAUUUUUCAGAGCAAGAAAAUGACCUCAUCAUUCGCCUUCAUAAUCUCCUAGGAAACAGGUGGUCUUUAAUUGCUGGGCGCGUGCCAGGGCGAACUGACAAUCAAGUGAAGAACCACUGGAACACCCAUUUGAGCAAGACGCUCGGGGUGAAGAAGACGAAAACCAAGGUUAGAGUUUCUUCACGAGCAACCUCAAAAAUAGGGAACAAGUAUAGUGUUCCCAUUGAAGUCACAAAUUCUAAGUCACGUUGUGACGAUAAUGGCAGAGUUGAUCAAGAUCAAAAUGUCAUUGAAGGUGGCUCUGAGAGCGCGGUUAGGUUCUGUGACGUAGAAGAACCAAAGAUUAAUAAUGGAGAUUAUAAUGAGAGUUCUUUGUGGUUUUCUAGUGAUGAUUAUAGUCUAAACACCCCUAGCUUGACGGAACUCUUUGACCAGUGUACUCCUGAUUUUGUUUGGCAUGGCUUGUAAACUUAAUUAGU